CAUAGUGUUCGUAUCAUCUUAUUGCUUAUUUCACACCCGUAAUAAUUAAUAACAUCAGUACAUCACUAUUCAUUAGGAUUAUGUAUGUUUGAUCACUUCAAUAAUUUUUGUAACAAAAUCGUAACUAAAUAAUUUGACUGGAAUAUUAUGUAGAACGUGUGUUGAACACGCGUUCGUCAAUACACAAAAUACGUUUUUAGAAUAGUUUAUUUGUAAUUUUAGUUGUAAGUACUCGUUUCCGAUGGAUCACUGUAAAAAUUUUAUAAAAUCCGAAUUUCCCUUAAUCGAUAUCGAAAUGUUUCAAUAUAUUCAAGGUAAGAUUAUCACAUUCGUAGUGUAUAGCUUGUCAUUUUCAAUAGAUACGUGUAGUAUUAACUUUGACCUAAAAUUUUUAAACUUUCUUUACACUAUGUAGUUACGUAUAUAUAUAUAUAUAUAUAUUUAAAGAUUACAUUUUGUGGUUUCAGGCGUUUUAGAAAAUGGAAUUGAAGACUUUCAUGACUCUGAAGACAUUUAUGAAGCAAUUGGUGAAGUAUUACAGGAAAUUGCAAAUAAAUCUGAAUCAGACAUUAGGUAAAACAUAUGGAAAGUUAAUGGUAAUUAGAUAUUAUUAUAUGUCAUUAAUAAUUGGUUAUUUCAGAGGAAUCUGUUCGAAAUUGUUACAUUUCAUGCGUCCUCAUUCUGAUGACAGCGUUGCAAGAAAUGGCCAUACAAAAAUUUUAGAUGCGCCAGUGCAUUUAGCUUCAAUGGCUGCAGAUCUGGAAGAUAACGAUAUGGAAAUCAAAAGUAUAUGGGUUAAUUCAAGAGAUGAUAGUCUGGUAUGUUUAAUUAAAAAUGUCAUUGUUGUAUAAACUGAUUAUUAUUGAAAUAUAUAUUACUUAUAACCAUGGUCGAUUAUAGAGAUAUCCGCACUGCUGUAUAUUCAUAACGUAAACAAUUGUUCCAGUAGAUGUGUUUGAUUUGUGAGCUUACCGGUAGAUCAUGCUGCAGUCUUUUGGCCCUAAUUUUCAUACUUAUCAUAUAGAUUUCAUACAAUAAAUUAACAAAAAGUCUCAUCUAAAACAAAAUUGCACAUAAAUAAAGAUAAAUUAAUAUAUGUCUUAAUAUAUUAUAAAUUUGACAUUAUGCUAAGUAAAAUGUAAACAUUAAUAAAUUAAGGUAAAAUUAUAAAAUCAAUAAAUAACAAUGGCCAAUAGUACAGGUUAGAUCAAAAAAUGUAAUUCUUUUAUUACCUCAUUUAUAUAUUUAUAUAAUUUAAAAGUAUUAAAAGUUAACUAACACUUAUAAUUUGGUUUCUUCUUUUUUCUCUGGAUAUUCUUUUGGAUUAUCUAUUUUUCUCUUUCAUAUAGUCUCAUUAUCAUAUGAAUGUAAUAAUGUAAACAACUUGCUAUUACACUACUUUUGUGUUCCGUUACAUGUAAAGUUUAAGUGAUAUGAUAUUUAUGAGAAUUUUUUGAUGAAAUCAUUUUUCAUUAGGCUUUUCAAUUUUUAGGUUACAUUCUUUGUUUAAUGUUUUGUCAUCUAUGUAUUACUUUUGUUUAUCCAUUUUUCAUGGUAUCCACAACAUGACCUAUAAAAGAAGGAAUCACUCGACGAAUAGCUAAUAAGUGAAAAUUAUCAACAAUAGUUUGCAACUGAAUGACUGAAAUUACAUUUUGAGAAACAGUAAUUUGCUUUCCCAAUAUUAAACUAACAACUUCACUGUGGUUUUUAUUCAAUCUUAUUUCUUUAACAACUAUUGGCUUUAGUUCUAGAUGACUUGAAAGUUCCAUUUGAGCAAGGAUCUUCAUUUCAUUCAAAUUGAACGAAACCCAGGGUGAAUUAGGCAAGUUAAUUGUUAAAAAUGUGUCCCAAAUGCUGAAGACAGUUGACUAUUUCUUCUAAGAUAUUAGAAGUAUCAGCUUGUAAAUUUAUAAAUAAAUGUGUAUAAAUAAUAUUUACAUACAUACUAAGCCAAUACAAAAUUAAAAAAAUAAUAUAUUAGUAGUUCACUAAAUUUGUCUAGCAUACACGAUUAUAAAAAAAAAUUGUUGGAUUACUAUGUUUGAAGUUGUUAUGUUUAGUAUUAAACAUUUUUCUGUAAAUAAAUAUUUUUAAAUUUUUGGUAGACAAUUGAGUGCACAGAAAAUAUAAAAUUAUAUAUAAUAUAAUAUCUAAAUAUACAUAAUCAAAUUUGCAAUAUAGGGAUUACAAAACACUUGACCAUUUUAAAUAAAAACAAUUGUAAAUAUUCAAAUAAAUUAAGAAUUGUAAUAUAAAUGGUUGUGACAUUGUGUGAAUGUUCUAUUUUGCAAUUAUAAUAAAUCAGUUAUAAGUAAAAAAAAAUUGACAAAUAAAUUAUUAUUAUAAAUUUAUUGCGUCACUGUGAAAAUCUUAUUACAAUAUAAAAUAUAAUUCAUAUUUCAUUGUAGACAAAAUAUAAUAGGUGCCUAUAAUUAUAAUAUAGAUAAUCAUUUUAGUUAGGGCCAUAAGACUAUUACGCGGUCUAGUGGUGAGUUUCCUACAUACAUACUUCUCGGAACAGGAUUUUGAUAAUCAUGUGUAUACUUCUAUAAUCUACUGUGUUUAUAACAAUGCACUUAAAUUAUUUGCUUCAAUUUUGUUAGAAAGUUGAUAAACGAAAACUAGAAAAAGCUCAAGCAAAAUUGCAACAAAAACUGGAUAAACGGACUGAUCAAGUUGUUAAAAAUAUCGGUACUCUAAGUGUAGCUAGUAGUAAAAUGGAUGGUGCAACUGCUUCUCAGGUUACGAGUAAAAAAGAAGCAAAAAUGGAAGCUAAAGGAAAUAAUCGAGCUCAAGAUAUAAGGAUAGAAAAUUUCGAUGUUGCGUAUGGAGACAGGUAUACCUAUGAUAAAUUAAUAAUAAGUAAAGUGAUUUAUAUCAUAAUUUGGUACUUUUCAAUUUAAUAUGAAACAUAAAUAAUGUACACUCUAAUUUAUUUUAAUACUACUAUUCGAAUAGUUAGAAUUUUGUUUACUAUUUUAAAAAUAAUGUCAUUAAUUAUUAUUAUUUUUAGAAUAUUACUUCAGAAUACGGAUGUAACUUUAGCAUGUGGUAGACGUUAUGGUUUAGUUGGAAGAAAUGGUCUUGGUAAAACUACACUGUUAAGAAUGAUUUCUGGGUAAGAUUUGUCACAUAUUGUUCAGUAAUAACCAGGGCUAUGAAUUUAAUACACUAAAAAGUGUUGACUAAAUAUGCUUAAAUAUGCACUGUCUAUAUUAAUAACACUGCUUUUAUUACAUGAAAAAAAAAAAAGUUUUUUAUGAGUACAUACUUAAUUUCUUAGUGGUUCUUCACCGUCUGAACAUAAAGAAGUAUUGGACACAUUAUAUUAUAAUAUAUUCUUUGAGCUAUAAGUAUUAAAAUUAUUAAAUUGAACAACUGUGUUACCAAGUUAUUAUUAUAGUAGUUAUUUAUUUAUGUUUUUAAUAAACUUAUAUAGUAGAUAUAUUUUAUAGAUACCAGAACAAUCCUGAUUUUAUUAGCAGGUAACAAUUUAAAUUAAAUACCUGACUAAAAAUAGAAUAUUUUUAUUAAAACUAAAAGAAAUAUUAUAAACCGAAAAACAUUUAGACUAAUUUAUAUCAGAUUGAGCGAAAAAAUUUAAAUAUUAAGAAAAAAAGCAUUAAUACAAAAAAAUGAAAACAUGUAUUUAUAUGCCCUAACCUGUUAAGUAUGUAAAAAUAUACAAAAUAAGAUUUCGUAGUUUAACUAUAGAUAAGCCAAAAUAAAUUCUGGCCUAAUCCAUUUUCUUACAUGGUUUCACAAAAAAAAAACAUUCAAAUGCAUUAAAUUCAUCGCCCUGGUAAUGACUAUAUAAUUUUAUGAUAAUAGAAAUGAAACCCAUUAAUAUCAAAAUGGUAAAUCUGUGAACUCAUUUUAUAUUAUAUACAGGGUGAUUUUUUUUUUCAUGAACCAGUAAUUAUGUCUGAAGAUUUAAAGUGAAUUUGAUUUCUUUUUUUUCUAAUCAUUAUGGAAUCGUUUAAGCUUUAUUUUAAAACCAUUUUAAAUUUUUUACUCCUACUUCAUAUGCCUUAAAUAAUUACAUAUUUUUGAUUUUCAAAUAAGAACCUUCUUCUUGAACACAGAUUUAUACAUAGAAUAUUUUCCUAGAAAUUUUAAUAUGCAUAACACUAAUAUCUGAUUUACUGUUUAUGAGUUAGAAUCGUUUAAAGUUUAGACUGGUGGAGUAGGGAAGGGUAAUAGAUAGGCUAUGGAUUAGGGGUAGAUAAUUAAAAAUCUCUUUAAAUUAAAGCUUAAAUGAUUCCUUAAUGAUUAUAAAAAACUGAAAGCAAAUUCACUUAAAACCCUCUGAAAUAAUUGCUGGUUCAUGAUAAAAAAAAAUCACUCUUUAUAUAGGUAUUUACAUUUUGUAUUCUGUUUUUUUUUUUUUAUUAUUAUUAUUUCCAUGGGAUCAGAAUAUUUUUAUUCUGAUUUAAAAUUAAGUAGUGAUUGUUUUAUUAAUAUAUUUAUGGUUUUUUGCAUUAUUAAUUAUAUAUCAUACAUUUUAGUGGUCAACUGCGAAUCCCAUCUCACAUAUCAAUUCUGCAUGUUGAACAAGAAGUUGUCGGUGAUGAUACUCCCGCUUUAGAAUCUGUGUUGGAAUGCGAUUUUGUACGUCAUCGUCUUUUAACUAGAGAAAAAGAAGUUAAUACAUUAAUCGCUAAUGGGUAAGAAAACAAUGAGUUUGCUUUAAAACAUCUUGUUAGAAAAAUGAACCUAAUGUUGAACAUUAUUCUAAAGUUCUGCUGCUAGUGCUGAAUUAUCUUCUGAACUGAGUGAAAUAUAUAUGCAGUUGAGUGCCAUAGAAGCUGAUAAAGCUCCUGCCCGUGCAAGUGUUAUACUUGAUGGUUUAGGUUUCAAUCCAGAUAUGCAAAAAAAAGCUACUAAACAUUUUUCAGGAGGAUGGCGUAUGCGUUUGGCCCUAGCAAGAGCACUUUUUUCUAAGUGAGUACACACUAAUACAGUAAUACUUGUUAAAAGCAAUUGUUGAUAGAACCUCAAUACUCUUCUUCUCCUUCAUCUUCAUCUCAACUAUUUGGGGUUAGCCACCCUUGUUCUAAACUUCCACUUGACUUGAUCCCACACUUUACAUACACUGACUCCCUUAUCAUUCUCAAUUGCAUUUGAUCAUUUCAUUUUCAGUAUUCCUUUCUACUUCUCCCCUUCUAUGUUUAUUUGCAUUACAAUUCUUAUUGCUUCAGAUUCUUCUCUCUCCAUGACAUGCCAAAAUUAUUUCAAUCUAUUUUCUCAUUUCGUCUACCACCAAAGCCACAUCUAAGCUACCUCUUGUAUACUCAUUCCAUAUCUCCUACAUAUUUUUUCUAUUUGUCUGUCUACUGCUCAAUACUCUGAACCAUAUAACAGUUAGUCUCACUACACUUUUGUAGAACUUACCUUUAAGUUUCAUUGGAAUUCUCUUGUUACAUAAAAUAACUGACACUUCUCUUUUUUUUACUUUAAUUCUAUGUUUCACAUCCCCGCCAAAGUCAGAGUUCUUUUUGUACAUAUGAUUAAUAUAUAUAUAUAUAUAUUAUAUAUAACUAUAUACUUAAAAUGGUCAAUUUCAAGAAUAAUCACUUAUUGUCAUUAGCCAUCUUGUACUGUUUCUUUAAACUCAUAUUUUAUUGUACUUCUACUUAUCCUUAGUCCGUUUUCUUUAAGUGCUAUUUCCCAUUCCUCAAACCUAUUGUUAACUUCUUCCAGAUUUUCUCCUUUCAAAGUUAUAUCAUCUGGUAUUUUGAGUGGUAUGCUAAAAGCGCUAAAAUAAAACUUCAAGCUUAAUCUUUAAAAAAAUUAAUUUUAUUGAUAAAAAUCACAAAUUAUUGUAGACUGUAGUUUGAUUGUUUGAGGAUUCAUAGACUGUUAACAACAAAAUAAUUUUAAUAGGUACUUUUAUAGAAAUGUACCCAUGUACUAUAAUAAAGUUUAUUGAUAUUGAUUAUAAUCUGAUAAUAUGUAACUUUAAAAUAUCUGAAUUAUGUUUUUUAAUAAUAUCAAUAAACGCUUGGCACAGCGUUUCCAGCUGCAAUAUAAAAACUUGGAUAUAUACUGUAACUGGUAAUUUCUAUAAUAUCGAUAUGGCCCGUAAUAUCAAAAAUAUGAGUGCUUCUUUAAAGAAAUUGCUUAUACGAAAAAAAGUUAAUUAAAUUUCUUUUGAAGAAACCUGAUAAAUUGUAUUAAAUUGAAUACUCCUAUAAGAAUUAAUAAAUAAUAACAAUUUUAAUGUAUACGUUGCAUUAUCAUUUAACAUUAUAAAUGUUAACUAGUUUCAUCUGUUGUGCCCCUGCACAUCCAAGAUGUGACAAUUGGUAAAAUUCUUGUUUAGAACUGUUUGACAGAAUUUUACACCAGUUGUUGACCUAAAAAUCCCAUUUGUUACUUCUUAUGACAUGUAGAGGUACCAUGAUAGUAUUUUAAUCCCCUGAAUAUUUCAAGUCAAUACAUAAUACAUGUAAUACAAAUAAUCUAAAUAAUAUAAAAUCAUUUGUGCAAUUUUAUAUAGACCAGAUUUGUUACUACUUGAUGAACCUACUAACAUGUUGGAUAUGAAAGCAAUUAUAUGGUUAGAAACUUAUUUACAAACUUGGCAAAGUACAUUGCUUGUAGUAUCUCACGAUCGUCAUUUCUUAGAUACUGUACCUACUGAUAUAUUGCAUCUCCAUUCACAGGUAAUACAAUUUUAAUAUUAAUGUUAAUAGUAUUCGUUAAAUUAUGUGUGUAUUACUUUUAAAUAGCGUAUUGAUAUGUAUCGAGGAAACUAUGAAAUUUUUGAAAAAACAAAAAAUGAAAAACUCAAAAACCAACAAAGAGAAAUUGAAGCACAAAUGGCUCAUAGAGCUCAUGUACAAGAGUUUAUUGAUAGAUUCAGAUAUAAUGCUAAUCGUGCUUCCAGUGUUCAGAGUAAAAUCAAAAUGCUUGAGAAAUUGUAAGUUAAUUAUUGUAUAAGCUAUUAUAUAAUCAUGUAUUUGUUUAAUUAUUGUUCCUAUUAUAUUGUUUUAGACCAGAAUUAAAACCUAUUGAGAAAGAAGUAGAAGUUGUGUUACGAUUUCCAGAAACCGAGGGAUUAUCACCUCCUAUCUUACAACUUAAUGAUAUAUCAUUUGCAUAUCCUGGUUGUAAUAAUGUUUUACAACAUGUUAACCUUGGAGCCACCCUAGAAUCUAGAAUAUGUAUUGUAAGUUAACUAAAAAACCCGUCAAGAUUUGACUGCUGCCCCCUUGGUUAAAUUUAUUAGUAUAAUGUUAUGCCUAUGAAGUAGUUAUGGUAGGGAACUUAUAAUUUUAUGAGACUUAUGAGAAUAGUUCAGGGGUUAACAUAGGAAGUUAAUACCUAAUAAUAGUGUAUGCAUGUGUAACAAAUGUGAACAAAUCUAAUAACCGAAUCAGUUAAGUUCUUAAUAUUGCACUGAUUCAAAUAAAUAUUGCACAGAUUGCAAUAGGUAAGAUAAAAUGACAAAAUAUGCAAAACAUAUCCUGAUAAAUAAUAUAUAUAUAUAUAUAUUAUGUUUUCCAUAUUAUGAUUAUUUCCAAUGUUUGCUUAUUAUUUAUUAUUAUUAUUAUUUUUUUGUUCAAUUUUAAAUCUAUUUAUGGAGAACUAUAUAAAUGUUUGUAAUAUUAUGAGUUCAAAUUUGAAAAUGGUUUAUUUUGCUUAUUAUUUAGAUAGUUAUAAAUAUAAAUACAAUACAUAUUUUUAAGUGCUUAUUUCUGGGGUUAUGAUGAAGGUUUUUAGUGUUUUGUUGUUGAUUGUAUGUGUUAAAAAUCGUUGAUUAUUACCAAACUUUUUUCUUAUACAUUUUUGUUUAUUAGGUGGGUGACAAUGGAGCUGGUAAAACAACACUGUUGAAAAUUAUUAUGGGCUUAUUAUCUCCUACUGCAGGUUCUAGAAAUGUGCAUAGGAAUUUAAAGUUUGGCUAUUUCAGUCAGCACCAUGUUGAUCAGCUAGAAAUGAAUCUUUCUUCUGUAGAAUUAUUACAAACAUCUGUCCCAGGUUAGUUGAUAUUUUUAUUAAUAAUCAGAAAAAUAAUUUUUUCUAAUUCUAAAUAUACUAUGAAAAUAAUCACUAGGAAAAUCCAUUGAAGAAUAUAGACGUCAAUUAGGAGGUUUUGGUAUAUCUGGUGAUCUGGCAUUGCAGAGUGUUGGUAGUUUGUCUGGAGGUCAGAAAUCAAGAGUUGCUUUUGCUAGAAUGUGCAUGUCUAAUCCCAAUUUCCUAGUACUUGAUGAACCCACUAAUCAUUUGGACAUUGAAACAAUCGAAGCUCUUGGCAAAGCCAUUCAAAAAUACACAGUAAGUGUAGAGUUACUAUUAUAUUGUACUAAGCCCUAAAAAAAUUAAAGGGUAGGAUGCUGCAGUUUUGAAUGAAAAUUACAUUUUAAUUGUUUAUUAAAUAUUAUAAUUGAUAGUUUUAGCCUGUAAUCUAAUGGUUUACAAAUAUAUGACUCAUACUUGCAAUAACUUUUAAAAUUUCUAAUUAUAAAGUUAAACUUGUUUUUAUUCAAAUGUACCCCAUACAUGGGAUGCAUUUAAAUAUGUAUCUGUAAUGUGUUUAGUACAAAUAAAAGGAUACAUUUAAAUGUUUAAUUUAAAUUAAUAACAAAUUUAUUAUUAAUUUGUAUAAUUACUACUGUUCAACCAAGUUUUAAAUGUCAAUUCUCACAAUUGCAUUUUACUUUAUGUAUUCAUUAACCAAAUUUGAAUCUAUGUUUAAUUGUAUUAAAACAUUUUUAGGGAGGAUUAAUACUUGUGUCUCACGACGAACGUUUAAUACGAAUGGUUUGUAAAGAGUUAUGGGUUUGUGGAAGUGGCAAUGUUAGAAGUAUUGAAGGAGGUUUCAACGAAUACAGAGCCAUUGUAGAACGUGAACUUGCCGAAGCUGCCAAGUAGAAAUAAUUUUUUAUUUACAAUUUUUUUUAAAUUUAUAUAUUCAUUAUUCACUUGUUUUCCUUAUUGCCAUUAAAUAGGAUUUUUUACACAAGUAUAAUAAUAUGUAAUGUACUCUGUUGUCAUACAAUACUGAUUAUUAUAAGAUUUAAACAGAGUACGGUUAAGAAUUGUCUGCAAUUAUUUAAUUAUUUGUUACCAUCUAUGAUCAAUUCCUAAGUAUAUAAACAAAUUACUUUUUAUUUUGAUUUUUGUCAUUAUUGUUUAGUGAUUAAACUAUAUACUUGAAUAAACCUAAAAUUUCUAAAC